ACCCAGAAUGAAGUGGAUGUGGACUCACAGAUGUCCAGUAACUGACUACGGAAACUGAUCAACUAGAGCGCACUAUCCACUCCACUGUACAUGUCAGCAUGUUACUCUGCUCUGACCAAACUGCUCACAGAAACACACACUUGAUCUACAUUUCUUGUACCUGACUGAUUUAUUGGUUUAAACAAAAAGUAACAGACUGAACCAGAUCUUUUGCUGGCAUAGUGGAGUGUGCGGCCUGUGAAAAACACAAAAGAUGUCCUUAAAUGACUGGAUAAUGCUCCAAAUUGAAUCAGAGCAGAAGAAAAUCUCUCAAAUCAAAGAUAAACAAAGCCAGUGGAAGGUCAGCGGUUCAAAAGAGAAGGAAGUGCAAUUAGUUUUGACCUGUUUUUUCGUAAACAUCAUCAGCACAGUUUGCUGUUCUCUACUGUAAGGAGGUGAUAGACUGAUAAAGCCAGGAAAGGGUUGUUUUUUUCUACAAAGGCAUUGAUUACAAGAAUAUACGUGAGUCAGAUGGUUUAAAAAAGUGGGGGAGGGGGCGCAGGAGGGGAGUCGAACCAAUAGAGAAAGAGGAAGUGCAGGGGAGAAUAAAUGAAGAUUGCAGAGACAAGACAAUAGACUCAACAAGAGAGUACCUGCCCGUGUGUGUGUGUGUGUGUGUGUGAAUCAUGUGAAAACUGCAGACUCAGAGACAAAUAAGGACACGUUAGUAAUAGCUUACUCCUAUCAGCAGGACAUUACUAACUACAGGAUUACAGGAAAAGACGUGGAUAUAUGAUAAAAGAUCUGACUUGAGUUUAAUUCUGCCAUCGCAUUCAUCAUAAGGUGUAAGAAAACGUCAAAGCUUUAGUAAGUAGUGGGUGUGCAUGUAUACAGUCAUCAUACUUUACUAGUUAUUGCUUCACUGAUACUAAAAUCUUAAAUGCUUCUUGGGAUUUUUUGGUUUGUAAGUUUGAAUCUUUUCCGGUGUAACCCCCAACACCCCAACAUGUCACAACACAUGGCUUCCUCUUCCUGAGCCAAGUUCUGCUGAAGGUUCUUUCCUGUGAAAAGGACGUUUUUCCUUCCUGCUGUUGCCGAGUCCUUACUCAUAAUUAGUUGUCUGUCAUUCAGCUGAAAGACACUAAAACUGCACUAAUGUGUCAUCUUCAGGUUCAGAGGGAGUUUUUUUCUCCUCACUGUCACCAAGUUCUUGCUCAAAGUGGAUCGUUGGAGAGUCGGUUACUGUUUAUAACCCUAUAAUAUAGAGUGGCUUAAGAUGACUAUUGUUUCAAUCUGGUGCUAUAUAAUUCAAAUUAAAUCAAAUUAAGCUGAGGCUUUGAGGGAAAGACGAAAACAACCCCUGUCAAUCAAUAUUUACUUAAUUUACUUCAGGUACUACAGUAGCAUCACUGGAUAUGCUGCACUGUCAAAACUGUUGUGGAAGUGCUUGCAAGGAGAAAGUCUGCAGAAGAGAAGCAGUGAGAAAAGUGCUGGACAGAAAGAGAUAAUGGAGGGUGAGCGCGGAGCAUGAGGUCAAGAGAAAAAAGUUGGACCAUGUCCUCUCACACACAUACAUCAGUAAUUAGCGGGAGAUUGCUUUGAGCAGGUAAAUGUCAGCAAGCAUGAAAAGCUUUUAGAUGUUUAGGUGGCAGGACUUUUUAUUUCUGCGUUGCGCACCAAAGUCAUUAAAGUUUUUACUAUGAAAGAUGUAUAAUUGGAGGCCAUUUUAAUCAAGAGUACAAAAGAAUUCAAUAAAAUCAAACAGAAUAGAAUAGAGCCAUUCGAGCCACCCCCAUGCCAGAUUGUGAAUGAAGCUUAUUAGUAUGAAUGGGGUUAAUUUGGGGCCAAUGAAAUAGCUAAUCCCAGGCUGAUCCCUUUGUUACCAGCCUGAGCUCCACUUCUGUCUUUCUCUUGUUCUCUCGCUCUCUUUUUUGGCUCUCUGUCCAACUCACGUGGAGCUGUACCAGCAUGGAGGGCUGGUUUGAGUGACACGAUCUGUGCAUCAGAGAGGAUCAGGUCUCUGGGGAGGGCGACUGCAGGAACUACAUCCGACUGUUGGAGUUCCUGGGAGAUGGUCGCAUCUAUGUGUGCGGCACCUAUGCUUUCGACCCUCAGUGUGCCUUCUUGAAUGCCACUACAUUUACUCUGGAAGAAGUUGAUGGAGUGGUGAGGAUGGAGUCAGGGAAGGGAAAGUGUCCUUUUGAGCCUAGUCAGCAUUACACAGCUAUUAUGGCAGAUGGUCUCCUUUACACAGCAGCUACCAGCAACUUCCUGGGAACACUCUUCGACAUCUCCCGGGCAACGGGCCCUGAGCAGGAGCGCAUCCGAACUGAACGAUCCAUCAACUGGCUCAGCGACCCAGAAUUUGUCAGCUCAGCUUUCAUAGAGCAGUCCGCAGGAAACCCGACAGGAGACGAUGACAAAAUCUACUUCUUCUUUAACGAGGUGGCCAAAGAAUAUGACUUCUACACCAAAGUCAAAGUACCCAGGGUGGCCCGGGUCUGCAAGUCUGAUGUGGGAGGGAUGAAGACUCUGCAGCGACGUUGGACCACCUUUCUCAAGGCUCAGCUGGUAUGCGAGGACAAGCCCAGCGGCCAGCGCUAUAACGUCCUAACUGAUGUUUUCACCAUGCAACAUAUUCCAGGCGACCCCAGCAGCACACACUUCUAUGGACUGUUCACCUCCCAGUGGGAGCAAGUAGACCUGUCGGCCGUGUGUGUUUUCAGCCUGUCUGACAUCAGCAAAGUGUUGGAUGGUCCAUUUAAAGAGCUGAAGAAAAGCUGCGACAACUGGAUCAAUCAUGAGCCGAUCCCCUCACCGCGGCCUGGCCAGUGUUUAAACAGUGCAUUAAAGGCUGAGGGCUUUGAGUCCUCGCUAAAACUUCCUGACAAGGUGCUGACAUUUGUGAGAGACCACCCUCUGAUGGAGAACAGUGUGACUGCAGCAUCCCUGCUGGUUCGAAAGGGAAUCAGUUACACCAAACUGGCUGUAAAUCUGAAGGACGGCAGCGAGGAGCGGAGGGCAGCAGUGCUGUAUCUAGGAACAGACCGUGGGGAGCUCCACCAGGUGGCAGUAGUGGGCCAGAAUGUCACCUUACUGCAGGAGACUCCUCUGUUCACAUCACAGGAACCUGUUAACAAUAUAUUACUGCACAAGGGCCACGCUCUGGUGGGCAGCCCUCUGUCUCUGGCUCGUGUCCAAGCUGAAGGCUGCGCUCUGUAUCGCAGCUGUGAGGUGUGCGGCAGAGCCAGAGGACUGGGCUGUGUGUGGAGCACAAAGGAGGAAGCCUGCAAGCAAACAACAGAAGAGCCCGGUCCCGGUGAUGUGGUAGACGCUGCCUUAAAAAAGUGUAAUGUAGCAGAAGGUCGCUGCAAUCCGUCGCCCCAAGUGCUGCAAGUGUUCCGGGGCCUGCGCCUCUUGUUGUCGUGCGUCCAGCUGUCCCCUCGGCCCUGUAGCUGGGAGUAUCCUCCCCACAGACACACCAGGCAGCACAACUCUGACCUGGAGGUGGUUGUCACUGACGACAAUCUGGGAAACUAUGUCUGCACGUGCCAGGAGGGGGGCCCUGCAGUCAGAGACCCCACCCCUUGCCGCAGAGCAGCCUAUUAUCUGACACUAGAAGCUCCCAGUGUCGAAAAAGUAUCAACAUCCGAAGGUCGUCAUAUCCUGGCCUUGUACAUAUUUGCCAUCUUACUUGUUUUAAGUUUUGUCGCCGUCCUUAUCUUCUUUGUGAAACGGCGGUGUGGGAUUGCCCGCAACCUGCCAGAUAAUUCGUUGUCAUCGGGAAAGGGGCGGGACUUGCUGGGUUCCUCGGCCACUCCUCAAUCUCCCAGCAGCUCCAGCCUUUUCUCGGAUGGAUUCCGGAUGGCGGAAAAACGAAACGGGACGGCGACUUCGACCACAACAACCACGCUCCUUAGCAACCAUGGAAACGGUGGGCACAGUUACAGCGACACUCUGAUAAGCAGCAACUCCAGCAACGGCCAUGGGAAUUCUCUGUACGCCAACUGCAACACGAGCGGCAGCGGGAGGAGGCUUGGCCCUGAAUUUCUAUCACCAGAUAUGCUGGACAGAAGGACGGGGGAGCGGGAGAGAGUGAGGUCUGAGGGGGGAGAGACAGAGUCAGGGGAGGGGGAAGAGGUGGAGGAGGGUCUGAGGGAUGGGUUGGGGGAAGGAAUGAAAAGACUAGAAGAGGAGAUCUCCAGCUUUACCAUGUUUAAAUCACCAGCACCGCUGGCUAGGUGUGAAGAAAGUUCGAUAUGAAAAUGUUCGAUACCAUUUUGCAUCCUCCAAAAAACCUGAAAACUACUGGAAUCAGUGCAAAGUGGCUACUGCCAAAUGCCUUUGAAUACGAGCUGUGACGUGAGAGAGACUUCAGAGAUUUAUGAGAAAUAUAACUUUAUGUCCAAGCAUGUGAGAGAGACCUGUUAUGCACAGAGAGAGCUGCAGGACAGAAAUCAUAUGACAGUGUUGGUAUAGACUUCUUAUAAUGAGUAACUCAGGAUGAGAGCUGUUGCCGAUGUACAUAUAAAUGUAAAUAUGAGCAGUGUGAACAGGUGAUAAUGGACUUGAAACUGAGCGAUUACAUAAUUCUAAUAUUACAAAGAAUCAAAGAUGAAACGUCUACAUCUGUAGACAUGGAAAAGCCAUAUUGUCUUUCUCCUUAACCCCUGUUGUUGUUUGCUCUCAUUUGCUUCUCCUGGAAAGGAAAAGUGCACUUCUCUCUCACCGCCUGUCUCUCUUUCUCUUGCUGUCUGUGCUUCUCUUUCUCACACACACCACUUGAAUCUCAAAACUCGAUGGGUUCAAAGGCACCAAAGGACUGCUGAGCCAUAGACUGCCCGGUCAGACCUGGGCCUCAAACAGAGAAACGUCACUGACAGAGAUUUAGAACCAUAAAUUCACUGAGGAGCCUUCACAUGGACUGCAGUGACUGUGACGGGGCUGUCCCUUUCUGCUCUGCCGAAGAUGUGCAGAGGCUGAUAGGUUCAAGGUCCGUCAGACUUGUGUCACUGUGGAAAAGUGUAGUUGCAGCGAAGACGCGAGAAACUGAAUGCUGCUUUCUGUCACUGCUCAGAUUCACCAUCACUGAGACAGAAGUCGUUCAAAGGAUAUGAAAUUCAUUUCAGUCUCUAGGAAUGGACCUUAUAGACUCAAAGACACCAUCACCUCAUGUUGUGAGUGUGGAUUUUAACAUAAAGUGUAUUGUUUUGUCACGUUGUUUUGUAAUAAAACAUUUAAAAAGUUA